CCCUCGCUGCUCCCACCACGGCCACUUCGAGGGGUCCCCUCAAAGGCGAGGGCUGACUGUGCCCCGCUUUUUGGGACGCUCCCUCCCUGAGCCCCUGCCUGGCUGUCCCCACCUGUGGGAAUAAACACCCGCCCGUCAAGCGCUCGCAAUUACCGCCCGUACUCAAAUCGACAGCGAUAUGACUUUUUCGGGGGGGGGGACACCCCUUUUUACGAGCGGCCACACCCCGUGGCCCAUUUCUCCGGGGUGGGGACGAGCCCAUCGUGUCCCCGUCCCCCCCAAAGGACAGCGCAGCCCCCGCCGCCCUCCCCGGCGCUCUCAGCAGGGCGAAGGGCGUUUCCCGGUGCCGGGGCGGGCGGCGGCUCUGGGGAGAGCCCCGGGGCACCCAGGGGUGCCGCACCCACGGGGAGGGCAGGGCGUUGGCCGCCCCCCUCGCCCCCUCCCCAGCGCCCGCCGCCCGCGGGCGAUGAUUCACCGCGAUUUUCCUUUUAAGGCCGCGCUCGGCGGGGAGGAAGCAGAGGAGGAGGAGGAGGAGGACACUCCUUGGAGCUGGCUGGCUCCUCCCGCUCUCGCUCGAGGCUCCGACGCGCAGCCAAAAGCGAAUCCCGGCGGCAGCGCUCGGCAGAGGCUCCGACGGCUCCCGGCCCCGCUGCUCGCCCAAGCGCCCGCGACCCAGCCAUGGCAAGAAACCACCAAGUGCAGAAGGCCAAGCUGGCCGAGCAGGCUGAGCGCUACGAGGACAUGGCAGACUUCAUGAAGGCCGUGGUGGAGCACGGCGACGAGCUGUCCAACGAGGAGCGCAACCUGCUCUCGGUGGCCUACAAGAACGUGGUGGGCUGCCAGCGCUCGGCCUGGAGGGUCAUCUCCAGCAUCGAGCACAAGACCGAGGAGGGCGACGACAAGGCGCAGGUGGUGAACGAGUACCGGGAGAAGGUGGAGCAGGAGCUCAACGCCGUCUGCAACAACGUGCUGGGCUUGCUGGACAAGUAUCUCAUCAAGAAGGACAGCGACACCGAGAGCAAGGUCUUCUACCUGAAGAUGAAGGGUGACUACUUCCGAUACCUGGCCGAGGUGGCCAGCGGGGACGACCGGCUGUCGACGAUAGAGAAGGCCCAGGAGGCCUACCAAGAGGCCAUGGACAUCAGCAAAAAGGAGAUGCAGCCCACGAACCCCAUCCGCCUGGGGCUGGCGCUCAACUUCUCGGUGUUCCACUACGAGAUCGCCAACGCCCCCGAGCAGGCCAUCUCGCUGGCCAAGACCACCUUCGACGAGGCCAUGGGCGACCUGCACACGCUCAGCGAAGACUCCUACAAGGACAGCACCCUCAUCAUGCAGCUGCUCAGGGACAACCUGACGCUAUGGACAGCCGAGUGCGCCGGGGAAGACGGCGGCGAGGCUGGCGAAGAGCCCAAGAACUGAGCGUGCCCUGCCGAGCCGGGGGCCGGCCCCACCCGCCCCGCUCCAGACCCUUCGGCAUCUCUUCGUGGUUUUUUUUUUUUGGUUGUUGUUUUUUUUUUUUUUUAAUUUUUUUUUUGGUUGGUUUUGGGGGCAGGAGUCUCAGCUUCCCCCCCCAGCCUGGAUACCGGGAGUGGGGGUGGUUUUGGAAGGGCCCUUCCCUCCCUCUCCCCCAUCCUCUGCUUUGGGGAGGGGGAAAAGAGGGAGAGGGGGUGUCUCUGUCCCGGAGAGCUGCCAGCCCCCAAUAUUUAACAUUUUUUUGUGGGGGGUGUCCAGUCUGGCCUGUGCCAGCUCCAAACCCCCUGUCCCAGAGGGCUGGAGAAGCAACAGGAGGAGGUGAGGGGCUGGGCCGGGGUGAGGGGGGGUCU